AUGAAUUUUUUUGAAGCUGACCUGACAUGUAUUUCAGGACUUCCUAUGGGCUGGACCCAGGAAUAUGUACUCUGGUCUAUAGACAGGAGUCUUCGACAGAUCUUCAUACAUCUGGAAAACGCAAGGCUGACACUUUUGGAGCUGAGUUUACCUGAAUCCCAUGAUCUGUCGUCUUCCUCUGUCUCUGACGCAGUGGUUCAGGAGGCUGUCCCACCUUGCUGUCACUGUAAAAGGGGGAAAUGCUCCACUGACUACAGCGAAUCCUCUGGAUCCUCCAUCAACAGCUCCAGCCUGUCUUAUCUUCCUAUCUUUUCUGAAGCAACAACAUGGCAAUUCCAGAGCAGUAGUGUAUCUCUUUCCCCCACAGAGGAGCUGUCUGUAUCGGGGAACCAAGGCACACCCCUGCCUACUUGUCAGCUGACAGAUCCUGAGAAAUCAGAUUUUUUUCAGGAUCUGGCAGUUCUUUCUCCCUUACCAUCUCAAAGCACUUUUAUUAGCUCUAUUUUGGAAUCCCUAGAUCCUUGCAAACAACAAGAGAAAACAACAGAUAAGAGAAAUGAUCAUUUGCUAUCAAGUCAUGGGUCAAAUUCUGUUCUGAAUGAGAGCCCAGGACCACUAGUAUGGGCUCCACUCCAGCUCUCUCCUCUAGUCAGAGGAGAACUAGAAGGACAUAUGUUUCAGAAGGUUUCUACUUUGCGGGAACAACUAGUACCUCUGCCUGUGAAGAGAUCCUGGGAAAUACUCAAUCAUCUGGUGGAUGUGAAAAGGGUCCCUGAACAAGAGAGCCCCAAGACUCAGUUAACCAAACCCAUUCUUCAGAGCACUGAGCAAAAUACCAACAGAUCUCCAGAUGCUCCAUCAUUUCAUCUCCAUGUGAACAUUGGGGUGAAUGCUGGAUUAAAUAGAACUGAAGCAAAAAUGUCACAGCCAGUUACCCCAGUUACCUCAAACAAGCAGUUACCCUCUGAGGGCGACCUCCAAGUCCUUAGGUGCGAUCCUUUAGUUAUAUCAAUGGGCACUCCACCCCGCAGAAAUUUAGGAGUUAAUACAAUCCAGGAAGAAACCACUCUACUGAAAAAGGAUCCAAAGCAUGUGUUAGAGCUGAGUAUAGGACAGAGGGUCCAAGGUCUUCCAGAAAAAAGGAUAAAGCUGCAAAAGCCACAAGUAACCAAUGUGGAACUGACACCCAAGGCACCGUGUUCAGCCUCAGACAGCAUAAAGGUCACGCCAUUGGCGUUGCUUCAGGUCAUGGACUCCAUGGGAAUGAUCCCAGAAUCACACUCCGAGGUGAUAGAGUCUGUGGGGCUUUCCCCACAGCCACCAAAACAAGUGGAAACAGUGAGUAUAAUUCCUCAGCCAUCAAAGAAAGUAACUGAACCAGCACAAGUGGCAGGACCUCAGGAUCAGACCAUGGAAUCAAAUAGUAUGGCCCCAAGACUGAAUCAAGUCACAGAUAACACGAAGGUAACUCCUGUAGCGUUGUUUCACGUUAUCGAGUCCAUGGGGAUGAUUAAUGAGUUCCGUCCACGUGUCAUAGAACCAGUAGGAAUAGCCCCAAAGCCGCAACACCAAGUCAGGGAAUCAGUGAAGAUGGAUGCACUGCCUACGCAGCAAGCUGUAAGACCAGGAAAGCAAAGUCUAGUGCCACAGAAUAUAGUCAUGCAAGCUGUGGAAAGGAUUCUGAAGACUCAGCACAAGACCAUAGAAAGACAGAAAAUGACCCCAGGGUCACAGAGUCAAGCCACAAAACACAUCAGGUUUACUCCCAGUCCAAUCCAUCAAAAUACAAUGGAAAUUAGCUCACCCGCACUGCAUGGAGUCAUUGAUAACACACAAGCAACUCCAGUGGCACAACAAAACAAGGAUUUCAUGCAGAUAAUUCCAACAAGAGUGCCACACAUUGCAGAAUCUAGGGGUUUGAUCCAAGGCUCAGGGUCUCAAGCUGCAAAUUUGACCCUGGUGCCAGCUCAACCAGAUGUUCUGACUUCUACUGUCCCAGGAAGAGCUGUAGAAUCUAGAAGUUUACUUCCACAGACACCAUCUGAAGUCCUGGGAUCACCAAGGAUGAUUCUGCAGCCAUCAGGCCAUCCCACACCUGCUCUAAAGGUAAACCCAACAGUACAGGUGUCACCCACAGGAAUGAUCACACCACUACAAACUGCAGAGCCUCCUUGUUUGAUCACACAGCCAAUGGCUCAAUCCAGAGGCUCUCUGGAAUUGCCUUCUGCGUUACAGGUUCAGGUCAGAGACUCCAUGAGCAUGAUGCCACAACAUCAAGGCACAGGGUACGUGUCAUCAACCCCAGGACCGCCUCAUCAGGGCAUGGAACCUUCAAAGUUCACCCUACAUCACCAAGACUUAGACUAUACAGAGGUGAGCCCAAAGCAAAGUCAAAAACUGACGGAAACUGUGGGGUUGACCUCUGAGACCUGGCCACAAAUGAAGAAUCCUCUAGAGGUGGCACCAUCGUGUCACCAAAUAACAAAAUCUAUCAGAACAAACCUAGGGGCACCAGAUCAAGGGACAGUACCUAUAGAAAUGAGCCAACAGCAUCAAGUCACAGAAUCUGAAGUAGCACCAGCUACACCACCACUUCAAGAAAUGGAAUAUUUUGGAGGGAACACCAUCCCACAACCUAAGGUCAUGUGUGUGGCAAACUUACCCCCAGAAUUACAGAAUGUAAAAUCUAAGAACCUAGUCCCAGAUCCAAGAUUGCAAAGUGUGAAAUCUAUGGACAUGCCCACAGACAUAGUCCCAGAAAUGGUAAAGCAUGGACUGCCAACCCCAACAGCAGUAUCUACAGAUUUGGCCCCAGAACUUCAUCAGCAGAGCAUACAGUCUGAGGAAUUAACCCCCAAAUCACAAUUGCAAAGCGAGGACUCUGUGCCAUUAGCCCCAGAGUCUCAACUUCAGGACAUGAACUCCAGCCAGCUAACACCUGGACCACAACCCCAAAAUGUACAAUGUGCAGGGUUGGCCCCAGAUCCACAGUUGCAAAGUAAUAAUUCAGUAAAUUUGAUUACUGGUUCACAGUCUCAAGGUAUGAAAAACAUUCCUCCGGCCCCACCCCAGGAGUUACAAGGAGAUAUAAAGAUAAUGGAGUUGACCCCAAGACCAUCACUUGAAGAUACAGAAUCUGUGAACUUGGCCCCAAAACCACAUUCACAAAACACCACCUCUGAUAAGAGAAUCCACGUCCUGGUCCUGGAAGAUAUGAAGACUCCAUUGGUAGAAGGUGGGAGUUUAAUUCCUGAGGACCUGGUGGAAAGUAUGAAAGUUUGUGAAUCUAUCCCAAGCAUACAACUUGAUGCAGUAAAAUCUCCAGAAGUGAGCCCUGACUCCAGCCGUCACUGCCUAGAAUCUGAAGGGCUCACCCUACAGCAGCAAGUCUCAGAAGCAAGAGUGACCUCUGAUACUUGUCAUCAGGUGGAAGAAUCUGUUGAAUUGAUACAAUCAUCACCACCAAUGACUCCAGCACCGUUGAGCCAAACCUCAGAAUCUAUGGAGAUAAGCUUACCACCGCUCCAAGAUACUCUUGAAACUAGGACCAAAGUUGUAAAAGGGAUAGAAGAGACUCUAGAAUCACAAAACACGAUUAAAGAUAGCCUGGAUUUGCUACCAGAAUCAAAAGUGCCAAAUAAAAACUCGGAAGUGAUGGCCCCAGAGCCACAGCCCCCAGAUGUGAAGUUGGCUCAUGUGACUCUAGAAUCGUGUCCAGAAGUUACUAACCCAUUAGAUGUGACUCUGAGAUCGGAAUAUGAAGACACAGAAAGUGUCGGAUUGACUUUGCCUAAAGUCGAUGAUACCGAGGGGAACAUUGUAGAAGCAUAUUCAGAAGCGGUAUCUCUGGAGGUGAGUCUAGAAUCAGGAGUGCGAUGUAAGGAAUCAGAGUCAUUUGCACAAAAUUUGAAAUCUUCAGGAUUAAUCUCUGAAUCAUCUGAACUACUUGUAGAAUCUAUGGAAUUAACUAUAGGACCCAAACCACAGAUUGAAGAUGUGACCCUGGGGCCAGAGCUCCACGAAGGAAUGUCUAGGCAAAUGGAUACAGAGUCACACUUGCAAGAUGAACAAUCUGUGAAUUUAAUACAACAGCCAUCUGUAGGAGUGGUAGAUACUGAAAAGACAAAACCAGAGCCCAGGCUACAGAGUGUAUCACCGAAGGAAUCGAUCGAGGGGACACAGCUUCCAAACAUGAAAUCCGUGGAUUUCAGUCUAGGCCCACAACAACCCAUUGUCAAGUCAGGAUUGAUUCCAGGGCCACAACUGCAAAGUGUCAGACUUCCAAAGUUAUAUCAAGGGGAGCUACUUCUUCAAGAGGAAAAGCCUGCAAAUUUAAUCUCAAAUUAUGGUGUGAAAUCUGAUGAAGUGAUAUCAUGUUCCCCUGUGCCAGAAAUCAGGUCAUCAGAUUUUAUUCCAGGGCCAAAGGUCCCAGAACCACAACCACAACAUAUGACACCUCUGGACGUAAACCUAGGGCCGAGCUUGCAGGAUGUGAAAUUUUCUGAUCUAAUCCCACAGCCCGAGCACCAUGGUUUCAAAUAUGUACAGUUUAUACCAGGGAUUCAGCCUCAAGAGGAGAAAUCUCAGGGAUUUAUGCCAGAAUCACUUUUGCCAUUAAGUGAAGAACCUCCACUUAAAGAUAUGAAGCUUGCUCUGCCUACAGAAGAAUCUGCGCUUCACAGCAUGAAAUCUGCAACACGAGCCUCUGAAUUACAGUGUCCAACUGUGGUAUCUGAUCGGGUAAGCCCAGGACUGUGGCAACAAGAUAACAAAAUUUCUGAGUUGGCUUCAAGGCCAAAACUUCAAGGGGUCAAAUUUGGGGAGCAAACCUCAGGGUCAGUGUUUGGUAGUAUAAGUGCUAGGACUCCAGAGUUUGGGAUACAUGAUCCCAAACUAGCAAAGAUGACUCCAGGGUUACAAGAUACGAGGCAGGUGAGUUUUAACUCAGGGCCAUGGCUGCAAGAUGUCAAAUUUUUUGAUGUGAUACCAGGAACUCAACCUCAAGGUGUGAAAACUUCAGAGAUAAACUCAGGGCCACAGUUAGAAUGUGUAAAAAUGUUUGAGUUGACCACACAGCCAGAAAGACAAGAGAUGAAGUCAGAGUUGGUAGUGCAAGAGCCACUGUUUCAAGAUGUAAAAUACGUCACAGAGAAUCAAGUACCAAGCUUUAAAGACCAAAUGCUUAAUAAAAUGUCAUCUGAGCCACAGAUAUCAAAUGCAGAAUCAAUGAAAUUGACUCCUGGGAUACACUUAGCGCAUUACACAGACCAUUCUAAGUUAAUCAGAGGACCAAACGCCCAAACUAUAGAAUCUUCUGAAAUUAUCCAAGGACAGCAUUUUGGAUAUAUAAAACCCGUGGAAAAGAUCACAGUCUCAAAGCAUGUAGAGCUGACAUCUCCGGAAUUAGCAUUAGAGCUACAGUUGGGAGAAAUGAAACCUAUGGAGUUAAGGGUAAGGUCAGAGCUGGGACAAGUCAAAGUUAUGCCGUCAACCCCAGGAAUGCAAGCAGGAGAUAGGAAACAUGAGCCUGUAUGCUCCAACUUGAAAGAUUUAAAACCCGAGUUUCCGUCUUCAAGACGAAAGUUAGAAGAUGGGGAAUCUGUGAUCUUAACUCUAGGACAAUGUCUAGAGAGGAUAAAAUCGACUGUGGUAUCCCCACAAAGUUCCCAGUUAGGAGGUAUAAAAUCUGUGAAGUUGAUUCCAGGUUCAAGGAUUGAAGAUCUGAAAACUGUGGGUUUGGUCAGUGGUACACAUGUUCAAGAUGUAAAUGCUUUGGGCUUGAAACUUGACCCAAAGAAGCAAGGGGAGAAUCCUGUGACUUUUGUACCAGAGACGAUGUUUCAAGAGACGUCUGUGGAGGUGUUUCAAGGGCUUCAGCUGCAAGGUAUAAAACCCAAGGAACUAACUUUACAAACACAAAUUAGAGAUGGAAAGCAUGUGGUUACCUCAUGUUUGAAGCAGCAAGCUCUGAAACCUGGAAAUGCAGGCAAAACACAAGGGAUCCAAGGAGUGAAAUUUGUAGAUUUAGCCUCAACACAAGAGGGUCAAGGAACAGCACUCACUGAUUUAACUCUUGAGUCUGGAUGGGAUGACCAGAUAACUAUAUAUACACCAGAGUGGAAAAGUAGGGUUUUCAACCAACUGAAAAGACAGUUUGAAUCAGAAGAUACGUUGUCUACAAAGUCAGAUCAAGAACCCGAACCUGCAAAUAUAAAACCAACAGGGAUCAACUCUAAGGUACAAUUUAAAGAUAAAUUGGCUUCUGAACCGCUCGGUCAUAGUGUAAAAACUAAAGAGUUCCAAUAUGAACCACAGUUGCCAAGUACGAACCCUUGUCAGUUGGCUGCAGCAUCACAGAUAGGCCAAUUGAAAGCCUCAGAGUCAACACUGGAGCCACAGCUUCAAGGUGUGAAAACUAUGCCACUAAAUACAGAACCACAGAUUGGAAGCACAAAGUCUAUUCAAUGGAUACCAAUAUCUGAGUUUCAAGGCCCGAAAGGCACAGCACCAAACUUCAGGUCAAAGUUUGCCAGGCCUACACAACUGAAGCUGCCUAUGCAAUGGAGAGGUGUGAGGCCAUCUGAAUUGGGUGCCAGGUCAAAAACUAGGGGAGAAAAAUGUGUUGCAUUUCGUCUUGAGCCACAGUUGCGGGGAGUAAAAACCUCUCCACCAACAAUAGGGCUGCAGAAAUCAAAAACUUCUACCUUAACUCCAGAGCCCCAGCUUCAAGGUAGCAAAACCUUGAAGCUAAAUGAAGAGCCACAGGUCGAGGGUGUACGGUCUGUUCAGUGGAUACCUGGACCCGAGUUCCACGGUGUGAAGUUUUUAGGAUUAAAUCAUGGAUCACCGUAUCAAGGCGCCAAAUCUGCAGAAAGGAAAGCAUCCCCACUGUUGGAAGGUGGGAAGGCAUCUGAAGUGACUGUGGGGUCAAAACCUCAAGGGAGAAAAUCUGUUGAUUUUGACCUCGGGUCACAUGAACAGAAUGUGGUGAAGAGCCCUGAGUUGUCCCCAGGACCAGAGCAACAAAAAGGGGAAGGCUAUACAUCAACUUCCAAGCCCCAGCUUCAAAGUAUCAAAACUGGGGAGCUGAAGGAAGAGCCACAGGUCGAGGGUGUACGGUCUGUUCAGUGGAUACCCGGACCUGAGUUCCACGGUGUGAAGUUUUUAGGAUUAAAUCGUGGGUUACCAUCUCAAGGCACCAAAUCUACAGAACGGAUACCAUCCAUACUGCUGGGAGGUGGAAAGCCAUCUGAACUGACCGUGGGGUCAAAACUUCAAGGGAAAAAACCUGUGGAUUUUAACCUAGGACUAGAGCUACGAAAAGGAGGCAAGUGUGCAUCAACUUCAGAGCUACAGUCUCGGGGUGUGAAAACUGUGUCGUUGCAGCAUGAGCCACAGCUUGAAAAUACAAAAUCUGUUCAGUGGAUACCAGUGUCUGACUCCCAAGUCAAGAAAUCUAUGCCAAAUCUUGGGUUACAAUCCGAAGACAUCACAGCCAAAGAGUUAAAACCCUCAAUACAACUAAGAGAUGUGAAGACACCUGAUGAAUUGAUUACAAGGCCCAAGAUAAAAGGUAAACAACCUUCCGUGUCAGCUCAGGAAUAUUCAUCUCACAGGUUCAAAACUAUUGAUUUUAAACCUGAGCUACAGUUUAGAGAGAUGAAAGUAUAUGACCCAGCCUUAAGGUCAAAGGUCAGUGAUAUAAAUUCAAUGACAUUUAAACCUGGGUUUUAUUUAGAAGAUAAGAACUCUGCUAAAUUGACCCCUGUAAUAGUGAAAUCCUUAGAGUCACACCCAGGAACACAGCCUCAAGAUGUGCCAUCUUUAGUGCUUAAACAACAGUCACAGUCUUCAGAAGUGAAUUGUAGGGCAUUUAGCCAAGGGCCACAAUCACAAAACAAUAAAAAUACAGAGUUGAAAAGUGCAAAAUUCUCUGAGUUGGCACUUCAGACAAAGCCUCGAGGUAUGAAAUCUGAGAUCAGGUCUGGGCCCCAGUGGCCAAGUGCAAAAUGUUCUUACUUGACACCAGAAAUAAAGUCCCACAAUAUUAAAUACACUAAGCUAAAUCCCAGCUCACCGUUGAAAGGUAAACCAUUUACUGAUUACAUGGGGACCAAAAUUCAAAGUGUCAAGCUAGGCUCUAAACCUGGGCCACAGUUGCAAAGUAUAAAAUCUGAUUUAGCACUUAGGGCAAAGCCUCAAGAGAUGGAAAUGGAAGACUAUGAAUCAGGUCCACAGUUACAAGAUCUGAAAUCUUCGAGGAUGAUCAUGGGUAUAAAGGUCCAAGAUGUCAAAUCUAUGGACUUGGGUUCUGGACCACACUUACAAGAUCUGACGUCUGAAGCCAUUACAGAAAUUGAACCUUGUCCAAAGUUACAAGAGGAGAAACCUGAUUUCACCCCAAAGAAGUCGUUUUUAGGCACAAAAUCUGUAGGAGUGGAUUCAGGCCCCCCUUUACGAAAGUUGAGAUAUCCUGAGCUGAUCCUGGGCAAGAAAGCUCAAGGUGUAAACUCUGUGGGACAACACUUUACAACGGUAAAACCUUCUGAGGUGGUAACACAGAUAAAAUCCCAAGGUGUAACAGCAGCGGACUUCAGUUCUGAACCACAGACACAAAAUGAAAACCCACCUGAGUUGGUUCAAGGAAAAAGGCUUCAUGAUCUAGAAUCUAUAAAGUUUGAUCAAGGCCCAGAGUUACAAGGUUUGACACUGGAGUUAAUACCAGAGCUAAAGCCCCCAAAGAGGGAAUCUGUGAAGUUAAGUUCAGGCCCUCAGUUGCAAGAUGAGAAAUAUUCUACGUCGAUUCUAGGGACAAAACUUCAAGAUGGGAGAUCUACAAAGGUCAGCCGUGGCCCACACUUACAGGAUAUGAAGCCUUCUGAAGUGAUUUCUGGGGACACGUUUCAAAAAGAGCAACCGAUGGGCCUUGUGUAUCAGCCACUGAGUCAAGAUAUAAGAUCUUUUCAAGGGACUCUCUUUAAUAGGAAAACUUUGCAGUUUGAUUUCCCCUCUCAGUUACAGGACAAGAAAUCAUCUACGUUAAUACCAGAAUUCCAUUUUCAAGUUAUAACACCUGAGGCAUUCAACCCUGAAUCACAGUUGAAAGAUGUGAAAGCUGAGCUCACAAACCCACAAACAAUGAAGAAUGAGGAGGUCAAUCAUGGCACAGAAUUGCAGGUUGUGGAAUUAUCUGAGUUGGCCCUGGAAUCACCAAUUUAUGGUGUUGUACCUUCUGAACUCAAUGCUGGAAAGCAGAAGCAAGACGGGAAAUCUUAUCAAUUAAAUCAAAAGCAACAGCUUCAAGGUAUAAAAUCCUUAGCGUUCAAUGAGGAGCUACAUUUGCAACAUAUCAAGUCAUCAGAAUUAUGUACAAAACUGCAAGACCUGAAAUCGAUGGAAUUCAACACAGAGCAACAGUUGCAAGAUGUGAAGUCCUCUGAGUUGGGCCUGGGAACAGGUAGACAGUCUUUAGGGUUCUACCCUGGGCCACAGUUGCAAGAGAUAAAACCUUCCAAGGUAUGCACAGAGACCAAGGUUCUAGAUGAGUCAUCUCUAGAAUUCAAGCAUGAGCCUAAAUUGCAAGAUGGGAAAUCUGGUGACUGGAGUCAUUGUAAAAAUGGUUUGGUAUUCAACACUGGGAUACAGGAUGUAGACUCAUCUGAGUUACACCCUGGUCCAGACCGUCAAGGGACAAAAGUUCAAGAUAUCAACUCUGAUCCACAACUUCAAGGUACAAAUUCCCUUAAGGGCAAUCCUGAGUCAAAACGUCAAUGCAUAAAUUAUGGAAUGCCCAGUUCAGGACCUCAGUUGCAAAGCUUGAAGUCCUUCGAGUUGAGCCCUGGCUCAGCAGCUCAAUGUACAAAAUCUGUUCUGUUGAACUCUGAGAUACCUUUUCAAGGUGUGAAAUCAUCUAACGUUUUGAGAGAGACAAAGUUUCAAGAGACCCAAGUUUUGAAGAACCAACUUGGGUCAUGGCAGCAAACUGCACAACCCAAGUCUACUUUGAGGCCUCAGUCAAAUGGUGUGAAAUCUGUGGUAGUUUUACCAACACCCCUGCUUAAAGACAGAAAGUCUCCAGAGACGAGCAAACAGCCUCUGCUUUGUACAACUACUGUAGAACUGGCACCUGGCUAUGGUCUGCAAAACUUGAGAAGUAAAGCGUUUUCACCAGAACCUUGUUUUCAAAAUGUUAAAACUGUGCGAUUGAAGCCAGGGUCACAGCCUCAAAGUGUGAAUUCUUCAGAGCUGAUGUCAUGCCACAGUUCACAACGUGCUAAGUUUUCCUUUGCACCAAAGCCAUGUUUCCAAGAUAUAAAACCUAAGGAGCAAAGUGUGAAUUGCCAACAGUUUCCUUUAGAUGAGAAACCAGUGAUGGUAGUACCAGAGUGCGCCAGGAAGUGCUUAGCAGAACCAGCACUGACUAGUGUCAAAUUUUCAAAUUUGAUUCAGGAAUCACAGCAAGAAUUUACUUCAGAGUCAAGGUGGCAAAGUGUGUCACCAGUGUGUCUGCCACAAACUGGAAAAUCUGUGGAGUUACCACCAAGGUCAUUCCUUCAAAAUAUGAAACCUGAAAAGCAAAUGUCCCAAACAAUUGAUCGAAUCACAGAAUCCUCUAGAGUGAUAUGUGGACCAAGGCACCAGGUGAUGGAUUGUGCAGGGACGAGCAUGAAGACAGGGCAUCAAGCCCCUAAAUCGCUAAAUUUUACUUCAAUGCCAGUUUAUCAAGAUGCAGGAUCCUCAGAAAUGACAGAAACUAUGGAGAAAUCUGUGAGGUCGACUUCCAAACCAACAGAUAAAGUCAUAGACUCACAAGGGAUACCUCUGAAGCUAGAUCUUCAAGUACCACAAUCUGCUGACCUGACUCCAACACUAAGUGAUGUAGAUUCAAACUACUCAGAACCAAACCCACAGAAAAGCUACCAGAUCCCAAAAACUCUGAGAUUACAUUCUUGGUCAUGGCCUCAACUUCAAGAUUUCAAGGAGUUACAGACAAAACAAUUUAUAGACUCUGACAGAAUGAGCCUUGACCUUACGAAUCAUGUUUCAGAAAUGAUGGAACUGAUUUGUGAGACAAAUCAGCAAGGCAAAGAAUUUCUUAGAAUGACUCCAAAGCCAGAAAAUAGAGAGACUAGAUGUGUAGAGAAAUCUCCAAGGCCAUGUCCUCAAGGCUUAGGACCUGCGGUGGUGAGCUUUGAGAGGAGAUCUCAGAGGGAACAGCCUGUAGUGUUGCCACCAAAGCCAUUCUGCCAUAUCCCAGAUUCUGCUUCAGGGAUAACACCAGGCCGCCGGUCUCCAAUUCCUGAAUCUAUAAAUGUGCCCUCUAAGUCGUGGCUGCGAAUAGAAGAAAGCUCAGCAUUGUCAACUGAGCAAACCAGUCGGGCUGAGGGAAACGGAGACACGUUAGAGCUCACCUUUGAGACGUGGCAGCCACGAGGGGGAGCAGCUAGGCUAACAAAAAGCCAGAAUAUGAGCAUGGACAAUGCAGGCAUAAUUCCAGUAGAAUCACUGGAUCAAAUUAUAGACUUUGUAAGGAUUAGUCCAAAGCCACUAGAUCAAGUGAUAGAAUUUGCAAAGACAGAGCUACAGUCUCCUCGAUCAGUUGUUCUCCCGAAAGUGUCUGAAUCUCUGAAAGUGAUCCCCGGACCACCACUUCAAGUUAUAAAGUCUGUUACGAUACCACAGUCUACCUCUCAAGUGUCCAAGUAUGAUGAUUUGACUCUCAGAAUGCAUGAUGUGAUAAAUUCAGAAUAUGCUCCAAGCCUUUGGCUACAAAAUGUGCAGUCUAAGAAGUUAGUCACAGAGCCAACACACCACAUUUUAGAAACAAUAGAAUUAUCAGGCUUUCAAGUUAUAAGGACUGUACUGAUUCCCAAACCACUGCUUCUGAUUGUAAAAUCUGAAGAACUGGCACCGGUACCGUGUCCUCAGGUUAUAGAACCGAUAGGAGACGCCACAAGAUCAAGCAUUAAGGUAAAGGAGUGUUUGAAUUUACUCCCAAGACCACAUCUUCAAGACCUGGUAAAACCUUUGGAAUUAACUUUAACGGCAAAUAUUGAAGUGAAUUCUGCAGAAUUAAUCCUCCAGCAAACGUCCCCGAUUGAAGAACCUACAGUGUUAACUCCCGAGCAAAGGCUUCAGGCUCAAAAAUCUUUAGGGCUCAAAACAGAAUCUCCUAAUGUAAUGGAAAUUGAAGAUUUGAAUCAAGGAUGGGUGUGUCAGAAUAGAGACUCAGAAAUGAUCACAUCAGAAGAGCUACAAGCAGAGAAUUACUUCUCUAGGUUCGUAUACAGCCCUUCAAUCCCAUUUAUUUCAAGCUCUGCCAAAACAACUGAAUUAGGGCACCUUCAGGGUUCUGGGGUGCCAGAAGUAUCAAGAACUUUGGCUAUUAAAAACCUUGAUGUUGAUCUUUUGCCAUCUGCAGAGUCCCAUUCAGGCACAGUUAUGUUACAGUCAUCAGCUCUUCCCUUGGUCCUUCGUAAUCAACCCUCUAAUGAGUCAGAGAACAACAUGGAAAAGCCAUACCCUGAGAUCUGGGAGGUGGACCUCAUAACUAAGGAAGAAGCUGAAAAGAAGCACAUGGAGGAAUUGGGGAAUUCACUCCAGAAUUAUUCUCCAUACCCACUGAGAUUAUUACCGGAGGAGCUUCAGGCAGGAUUCGGGGCUCGAAGAAGCUCUAUCCGCUCUUCCCUGGGCAGACAACAAAAUGUCUGGGAAAGCCAUGUCUGCAGGCAGCGACUGCCUAGGAAAUAUCUGUCUAAUAUGCUAAUGCUGGGAAAUGUUCUGGGAACUACUAUGGAAAGGAAGCUUUGUUCUCAACCAUUUUUAACAGAAGGGUCCACUAUGGAUAUCUGUCAGUCUAUCCAGAAUCUAUUUGGGGUUCCAGCUGAACUGAUGGAAUUUUCCCAAAGCCCACUAGACAGGGGCCCAAGGACUAUUUCACAGACUUCAGUGGUUAAAAACUAUAUUCAGAGACAUAUUUUAUGCCAUGAUCACGAGAAGAGAAUGCCCUUGAAGAUGUGGACACGUGGCUCCACCUCUUCCAUAAUACAACAGUACUCUGGCACUAGAUUGGGAAUAAAGAAGACAAACUCGAAGCUCAACGUUAUAGUCCAGGAAACCACUCAGGACGUGGCUGUCACACGGAAAGGGUCCCAGUUUCUUGCCUUAGUGAGCCCAGACUCUACCCUUGGGGUCCUUUACAGUAGGGAAGAUGCUGCUUCUAUGGAGCAGAGUAAAAUCUCACAGAAUGAUUCACCGACAAGGACUGUUGAGUCUCACCACUCCCUCAAGGCAAGUUCUCUCUCCCAGGCCAAGACUGACACUUCAGAACAGCUCCAACUGCUAAAAGAUCUGCAGCUAAAAAUAGCAGCAAAACUCCUAAGGAGUCAAAUACCUCACAAUGUCCCUCCGCCUCUAACAUCAGGUCUUGUCCUAAAAUAUCCCAUCUGCUUACAAUGUGGCCGAUGUUCAGGCUUUAAUUGCUGCCAUAAGUUCCAGUCUGCUUUGGGGCCCUAUCUUCUUAUCUACCCACAGCUCCACCUUUUAAGCACGCCUGAAGGCCAUGGUGAGAUUAGGUUGCAUCUUGGUUUUAGAUUGCGAACUGGGAAAAGACCUCCGGUCUCAAAGCACCGUGGAAGAAGCCGAGCAGAUCCACGGAAGAGUGCUACAUCACCAUCACGAAGGAAAGCGAAAAUCCACACAUCAGCUUCCAAGAGUCCUACUUCUAGAAGAGAUUUCCAGUCCAGAUCUACCCAGUCUCCUGCUUCUGUACAAGCCCACAUUAGACAAAAGCAAUGGAUCAGCCAAGGUGUUGUAGGGAAGAGAGGAGCCAAAGACUAUGAAUUCUGUCACGUUCACUCCGCAUCAGAGAGUGGCUUUGAAAGUAAUCAGGAUGAAAAAUGGGCUAAAUCAAGCUUCAGAAAGACCUCUGAUUUAAAAUACUCAGUGAAGAAAAUCACUAAGGGACCUAAAACACGAAACACAAAGAUCUACUGUAACAGCAGAAUCACAGAAGAGAGUCCUUCUGGAACACUGACAGAUCCGUCAAGAAGUAAGAGCACUACUACCAUUCAAACAAGCACUAGUUCUUCAAAGAGACAGUCAAAGAAAUCCUCCCAGCCCAAGUUCAUCCAGCUGCUCUUUCAAGGCCUAAGGCAAAUAUUCCAAGCAGCACAUAGAAUUGUAACUGUUUCUGGACAGAAGCCUGAGGACCGGACAAGGCCACACAAUUUGUACUCAAGCAAAAACUUGUAUCCCAAACAAAAAGCCAAGGAUUGUGGCCUAACAGAAGACAACAAAAGAGCCAGCCCACCAGUUGUCAAGCAUGGGGCAACAGGUUUGAUCCCUAAGGAAGAGGACAAAUUUCAGGGAACAAGGGACCUUUGCAGACAAGCUCAACAGUCGAAACAAAUGAGCUCUCUCCAACCCAGGCCUUUGCAAUUCCGGAAGACCAUGGUUUCUGAAAGAGAUGUCUGUAUCCAAGCUACUUCAGUCAUACAACCUUUGAGUCGCGUUCCAAAUGUGAACGGUAGAGCAAAGAAAAACCGCAGUGAUGAAAUCUCCAGUCCAGAGUCUAAGAACUGUUCUAAAGAAGAAGCCAAAUUUGAGAUCCAAGAAAGAAUUAUAUCUGACUCCCUCAAGAAGAGAACCCUGAAGAGUCACUUUAAAGAGAAACACACACAUAAGGAGGAACAACAUGGCUCCUUCAGGGAGGAAGCCCUGUGUAAGAAGCCUUCUGAAAGGACCCAUCUCAGCGCCUCUGAGAGAACUCACCGAAGUGUCUCUGAGAGGCGAUAUUACAGUCCUUCUCAGAAAAAGCAUAGCGGUCCCUCUGACAGGAGCCAUUGCAAUUCCUCCCAGAGAAAGGGUCGUAGUUCCUCUGUAAGAAGCCUUCAAAGUCUCUCCGAGAGGAGCUAUCCCAGUCUUUGCAAGGGGAGAGGGCACAAUCCAUCAGCGAGGAGACAACCCAGUCCUGGGAGAAGCCCUAGUUGUCCCUCAGUGAGAAGCCUUUGCAGUCCCUCAGGCAGGGGCCCUUGUAGUCCUCCAGAGAGAAGAGGACACAUUCCAAAGAGUCCACGAAGUCUUUGUGGGAGGAGCCAACAGAGUCCCGCGUCUCAGAGAUGUUCCAGUCCCUCAAAAAGGAGCUAUCUCAAUCGCACCCGGAGGACACAGGACAGUCCUUCGGAAAGGAGCCAUGGUAGUCUCUCGGUGAUAACUACUUCCAGUCCCUCUGGCUGGAAAAGAUACAGUUCUGGAAGAACCCACUACAGUCUUUCUAAGACCAGGCUACACAGGCCUUCAUCCAAUCUCAUUGGCACUCCUAAGAGAACUCACUGCAGCGCCGAGAGCAGAUACAGUCGUUCUGAGAGGAGUCACCGCAGUCACUCUGAGAAGAGCCAGCGCUGUCACACUGAGAGACCCCAUUACUGUUCCAAAGAGAUGUUGGAGGACAGUUCCCCUAAGGAGAGCCCCAGAUAUAGUUUGUCUAAAGAGUUCAAGACUUAUUUAAGUAUGUCUUCUAGGGACCACACCAAAAAAUGCAAAAGCUGGACAAGUUUGGAGGCACGAAGUUAG